UACAAAACUCGCGUUCGAAACUCGUGCGCCACACGAUUACAGAUGGCGGAUUGUUUUCUUUUCAAAAUCACAGCGAGACACGUUGGUCCUGACAAGUGCCAGUUUCAAAACAAAAAUCAUGAAUGAGAUUGUUCCCGAAUCGCCGGACAAGGAGACGGACGCGGAAGACGAAAACACGUACGUUCCAGAAACGCCACAGAAGGAUGGAUCUCCGCAGAUCAAGAGUCCCAUAAUUAUCCCGAUUCCUAGCCUCAAUCGUAUCAGGAAAUCUCUCGGUGUCUUGGACAACAACGUGAGCGUGCUAGAGGACAACGCGAACAUACAGUCGCCGAAGAGCAGGAGAGGUACGGAGAAUCGUAUUUUCACCAGCGCUUCGAAGAAGUCGACGAAGCUGAGGAGUUACAGGAAGGGCAAACACUCGAAUCUCCACAAGGUCAAGGUGUCAUUGUUUCACAGUAGGUUCAAAGAGAACGAGCCCGAGAAGCCGAGUUUUUCCGUUAGUGCCAAGUCGUUCUACGGCUCUUCCUGUAAGAAAGUCCCAGAGUGUUAUGCACUAGCUCCAGUGACGGUGAAACCAGUGAGUAGACAUAGCUCCAAGAAGAAGAGAAGUCCGGAUGCUCAGCCUGUUGUGAAGAAGAAGAGUCUGGCACAGCCUGCUGCGAUGAAAAAGCACAAGAGGAAAGGUGAGAUCAACUGCGGAGUUGGACACGGUAUAAAGAAGCCAAAGCGUAAGAGGAGUUCACUGAAAAAUGAUUCAAUGGACAGCGACAAGAGUUUGAGCGAUAAACAGAACAGUAGUGUAGUAGAAGAGCGGAUUCCGAUCGAAGCACAUAUCGAUCAGAUUGAAAACUUUGACAGUAACAAUGUCACGGAAAGUACAACUGUAGAGACGUAUGAUCCAAAAAGAAAGUUUUUCAAGCACAACAGACGCACGGUGGAGAAACCUGCAAAAUCUUCUACGACAGUUUCUCCACUGACGGAGUCUCAAGAUACGGAUAUUCCAAUACAUGAAUCCAUCGGCAAGAUAACUUGUGCAGAUAAGGCAAUCGCAGUAGCAGAAAAGCCUGCUACCAAAACCACAGGAUGCGCUGGCACUAUUGGACACUUAGGUCUAUGUGAGAAAAAUGGUCAAUUAAUGAUUAAACCGUUGAUAAGCCAGAAAGAUAUCGAUGAUUGGAACAAACUUUCAGCUAUUGAUAUUACAGACUUUGAUACUUCUCUGACUAAUAUAAGUAAUCUGGAUUCUAUCGACCCAGUGCAGGAUCUUUUGAAGGAGUUGGAAGAUGAUUGGGCUGAUACUUCAGUCACUCAAACAGUCAGUAUGAAUGCUGUGAAUAAUUUUUCAAAAGGAUCGAAUAACGAUAUUCAAGAUGUAAAUAGUGGCAAUGAAAAUAGUUCAAUCAAUCUUGGAUUGAAUAAUGUGAUCAAUCUACCUGUGGAGGACUUAAUACCCGCAGAUAGUGAUCUUAUCGAAGAUGCUGAUAAUAGUUAUGAGAGUAUUGUCAUAAGCCUUGGAUUGAAUGAUACAGUUAACCUACCAAUGGGGAACUCCUUGUCAGAAUCUACAACAUCAAUAAUAGAAUCUCGCAAAACUAAUUUAUCAAGCUAUGAAAAUAUGAACAAGGAAAUUGAUCAAACUGCCACUAAUAGUCCAAGUGUUCUUUUAAAUUCAUCGGAAAAUGAGAAUGCUGUGGAAAAUAUUGCUUUAAAGUCAGUUUCUCAAAAAGAUGUGAGUGAUCUUCUAAGUAUUUUACAAAAUGAAUGGAGCGAAGAUGAGGAGCCCACAGGCAAUUCCACUUCUGUAGUGAGUGAUACUUCAUUUCUAUUAGAAACAAACGAAAAUGUCUAUAACAGUACCAUGUUUGAGGAAAAUAUAGUGGAAACUACAACAAAUGAUACUGCUGAAUCGCAAAAUUGUGGAGAACUAUCCGAACAAACAAGCAAAAAAUAUUAUCCACUAUUUAGCAAGGGAUCCUCAUUUGGUAUUGUGACAGAUACAAGCGUAAAGUCAAAAAAGAUGAAUGAAAACAGGGUAUUGGUAAAUCAUAGCAGUGAUCCAAAGCAGUAUCAAAUAGAUGCUGGUCAAAAACUUUUUGGCAUUAGUCAAUGUAAAAAAUGUCAAUUACUUUACCAUUUGGGAGAUAAAGAUGAUGAAAACGCCCAUAUUAAAUACCAUAACAGGUGGAACAAGGAUUUAGGAUUAAAAUUUCAAGGUUGGAAAAAUGAACACAUAGUAUUUCAAGAUUCAAAUACAAAAAGUAAGAUAAUUUUAAUAGAACCCAGUGAUCCUAUGAAUCAUAGGAAAAAAGUGUUGGACAUUCUCCAAAUAAUUAACCAAGACUUAGGUAUUAUUGAACUAGUUUCGUCAGACUAUGUAGAUGAUAAGGCUUACUUGUAUGUGAGAAACAAAUCCAUCAUAGGUCUUCUGAUAUCAAAACGUAUUCACAGAGCUUUUAAAAUGAUACCAGAAAUGUCUGAACUCAAUUGUUGUUCAUCAGAAAGUAGCCCUGCAAAAUGUGGUAUAAAUGUUAUUUGGACCGCAGAGCAUCAUCGUAGGCAAGGUGUUGCUACAAAACUCGUCGAUACCCUUCGAGCAAAUUACUUUUACGGACAUAUAAUGUCGAUAGAUGACAUUGCAUUUUCGAUACCUACACCCAGUGGCAAGGCUUUUGCAGAAAAAUAUACGAAAACAAGUAGUUUUAAAGUUUACUAAAGAUAAUCUUUUUUUAUUAUUAUCACAAGUUUUCUAUUCGAGAUUACUAACAGAUCAAAAUCGUACUAAAGAAUGUACGAAUUAAUUUCACAUUGUUGACAUUCCUAUUGCGGGCAUCAAGAUUUUAUAUGUAAUUAUACAAUCUUAAGAGUAAGUUCUCUAUGAUCUAUGAAAAUCUUGAUGUUUUCAAUAGGCUCUUGAAGAGUAUAUUUUAAAUUUAAAAAAUGUUAUAUUACAUGUUGUUUCACAUAUAAGACUAGUUAUGUUUUAAUCUAAAUUUCUAUUCGUGAAGUUGCAUGAGAACUGAAAACAAUUCUUGUGUUCCUAUUAGUACAAAAUCAAAAUUAAAAAGAGAAUAAUAUUAUUAGUUGACUUAAUAUAUAACGAAUCGUAAACUAACUCAGUCGCUUAAAAUAUAAUAUAUAAAAUAUAUUUAAUAUAUAAAAAUUAUAUUAGAGUUUACUUUAUAAAGUGAAAUAUCUCGCGAAAUAUAUUAUAUCUUACCUAAUCGCCUAAGUUAAGUAAUUUUUUUAUCUUUUGUAUGACCUAACGCAGUAUCAAUGUACACGAUCAUCACAUUCGCAAAUAAAUAAAAUGCAUUGUACUGCAAAA